AUGAAUUCUAGUGUAGGGAUCACUUGGAAAGAGCCUGGCUCGCACACCCGCGAGACAGUGGUCGAGAUUGCGGAUUUCCCCCCGCAAGAAGUUCUCCGAGUCAAAGAUUCUCUCCUCAAGGAUCCAUUCAUUGGUGAGACCGUCCAAUACCUCUCCGGGACUUGCGGAGUGGCAUGUCACUCUUCCAGAGUCCGGGAUGACAAUGGUGCAGACCCAUUUGCAGUCGGCGUACGUCAAAAGGCUACCGUUCGCAUGGAACCCAUUGGAGUGCGGUGUCACGUGAUGCGCAGGGAGCUCCGCACAACCGACAAGGACGAGGCGGUCGAAGAGGCUGAAGCAGAUCACACGACAACCCCACCAACACCAGCACGUAUCGGUCCAUGUUAA